AUGCCUAGAAACAUCGAAACCCCGGGGGACACUAAGACGCCCGAAACUACCAAGAUGCCCCCAAUUACUGAUGUGCCUGACGAACUUGGAACUCCCGCGAACACAGAGGCCUGCGAAGAACUCGAGAUGCCGGAGGACACUGAGAUAACCAUCCCCAGCACUGCGAGACAGGAGCUGGACGACCAAUUACACCCUCUCUACGCGUAUGACUUUCUAACCAGGGAUCAAUACCUGGCUAGAGUCAGAUCCGCAGAGCGUCUUUUGAAUACUGGAAGUGAGGGCUGGGAUUUGGAGCCGCCACAAAUCCGACAAAGAUAUCAGAGGUUGAGGAUCCGACUUACUUCUUGGAUCCUCUACUUUGUAAACAACGACGUCGGGAGUUUACCAAGCGCAAAAACAAAUCUCAUCAUCGCCAGUCUGGAGGGGUAUUGUGUCAAGAAGGAUUGGACUAUCCUGCAAGAACAAUUGCCAGCUACCGUUCACAAGCGCCUUGGAACUCUCUUCGCUGAGACCCUCAUCAACAAGUUCAUCAUGGAGAAGAUCUUUUCGAACCCAUUUUGGUACCUUGACGGGAAGGUGGAUCUCGCAGACCAGGGAGAAGACAAAUGUUUCCCAACAAAGCUGCAUUAUCUCUAUCAGCGGUUCUUCAAGAAGAAUGCCAACCGUCUCACGGCUCGCGCACCCUUUCUGGUUGAUGAGGUUCUGGCUAGUGAGCCACUCAGCCUGUUACUCAGGGGGCCCUUGAAGAAGGAUGAGGCCCUCGAGCGGCGAAAUCAUCUCAUUGGUGUUUUCAAACAAGCCAGCACUGUGAUGCUUACCUGUGAAGCAUAUUUGGGUGGUCAUUUUGCGAUUCAACUUCUGCCAGAACUUGGACCGUUGUAUGACUGUGAGAGCGACUACAUGACCUUCCUCGGCUAUGAUCCGGAAAGUAGUAGCGACAAGUCCACAAUGAAUGGCCCUUCUGACUACGAUUCUAUAAGCACCAUUGUUGAGAAGGCUACAGUAGUGCUGGCAGAACAGACCAGCGGAAGCGAAAAGGCGGAAUCCCUAGAAGGGGAUCCAGGCAUCGAAGCUGCCGACAAUGAUGAAGGAAGGGUAAACCCGGAAGCCUUGAAGCAGACGCAUUUGGGGGAUACAGCUUCGGGACGGGGUCACGUAAUGGUAAUUAAGGCAUGGGAAUGA